AUGUCCGCCCGAGACUGGGAAUUCCGACAGAGGGACGCCUAUGUGGUGUGGGAGGCUGACGUAGGAAGUAGAGAAAAUGCUGAUGUGCGGCUACGUCGUAUGUUGGUUAACUCGAGCGAGAUGAAUAUUGCAAUACAUAAGGCUCUGAAUGUGAUCGAAAGAAUACCUAUUGCGUGGAACUGGAGUGACCCUUUGGUGACUAGAGUGGCUUAUGAGAAGAAGCGAAAAGUUUUGGCUAGUGGAAAGGAGGGAUCGGAAGAAUUCGGUGAAAGUGAGCGAAGUGGCUUUGGUUUUGGCGAAAAAAUGGGAAAAAUUGCGAAUUUAUUGCGGAAUUUUUUCUGGAUGAUUCCGGACGAUUAUGAACUGGGACACCGCUUCGAGUCGCCACGCCGACUGGAGCUCCUCAGACCGUCAGUGGUGGUCGCCUGA